AUCUUGAUGACGGUGGCUCUGGGACGCUGCUACGAACAGGCCACCGAGGCCAUAUCCAAACCUUGAUAUCUUCCAUUCUCAGCCUUCUUUUUCUCCUAUUGACUUUCACCAUCUUUUGCCCUUCGCCAUCCCUGGCCAAUCUUCAUUCGGGGAGCUACCCGUAAUUAACUGCAGCGAGCUCUUCCUCCAUCAAAGAACCCUACUGGGUAGCGAUCCUCUCUGCGACAGAUCCGAGCCCUUCUUUAUCUUGACCACCCCUCGUCCCCUUCUUGGAAAUACACGAUAUCCCCGCGACAACAGACGGCGACCUGAUUAGUCCGCCAAAGCAUUAUACCUCAGCAAGCCAUCAACAUGGUUUCCCUAUGGCCAUGGAAGAAGGAGGACUCCUCUCCAGCUUCGUUCGAAAAGGCACUUUCGGCCCUCUCAGGAAGGAUCACAGUCACGCAGACCAGACUCGAUAAUGUCCGAUCGACCGCGCGACGAGUAAAGGGCCUUGCGACCCUUUAUCUCGGUUUCGCCUACCUCGUCUACGCCAUCGUUGCGCUUCUCGUCAUCGGAUGGAAAAACAUGGGUCCACAGGAAUGGACAGGAAUGGCCGGCGGCCCCGUGAUCAUCUACCUCGUUCGCACUUUAUCGACCAUGUUCUUCGACUACCGGAUCAACGGCCUCAAUGCGAAACUUGAGUACCUCCAGACCGAACGAGCCAAGACCAUUCAGAAACUCAAGGACGCGACCCGGUACGACUCCACCCUCGAACUGCUCGAGAAGUACGGCGGACCGGAGAACAAGAUCAGGAGGCGUGCCAGUAAGAAGGGUGGCGACGAUGACAACGACGAGGAUGGCGCCCAAAGGUCCAAGAAAUCUCAGGGCAGACACGCAAACCGCAUCCACAUCGCGCCGCCUCCCACUGCCAACAUCCAGCGCCCCGGCGCCGUCGGUCCCAACAUGCCGCAACCCGGUGCUCCUCCCCGUGGCCAACAAUUAGCUCCCUCGCCUAUGCCUCCUCACGGCCCGGAGCUGUCCGCCGAGUUCGCCCCGAACGCUUUUGAAACCAACCCUCGCGCGUCCCCCGCUCCACCGCACGCCCAAUACCCACUCGCCGCGGCCGCCAUGGCGGCGCCCACGGAAUCACACUGGUACGACCGCAUUCUCGACACGCUCAUCGGCGAGGACGAGACCGCGGCCAAGAACAGGAUUGUCCUCAUCUGCAAGAAGUGCCGGCUGGUCAACGGACAGGCCCCUCCCGGGACGAAGAGCCUGUCUGAGAUUGGCAAGUGGAAGUGUAUGUCCUGCGGGGCUGUCAACGGCGAGAUGGACGAGGGAAAGAGGAUCGUGAGGGAAGUGAUUGGUGGAGGUAGAAGUGAAGAAUCUCUUGUCCACUCUCAGUCCGGUGACGAUGCGACUAGCUUGGGCAGUUUCGGGGAGGAGUUUGCUGAUGAGGAGUUGGUGGAUCGUAGCGAGGCUGCGGAGAGCGACAAGGUGCAGGAGCGUCCGGAAAAGAGGCUCAAGACGGAGGGCAGCAAGUGAAAGGUUACCUAUCGUGUAGGAGGACUGCGCGCUGCACACUUUUCUUUUGUGUCAUUUUGGUUUCCGUUCAUCCAUCGCUGGGCGGUAUGAUUGGGUUGUAAGCUGUUUUUUUAGCAGGUGUUGCGUUGAUACCGCGCUAUCUGGUAUUCGUUCCGUAAAAGCAUCUGGGGCUGGAGUCUAACGGAGAAUCGAAACUGCUUUACAAUUGGC